AUGUCAUCUGCGCGUACUACUCAUUCCCCGCCGGAUAUGAACAUAUCAAAAAGCCCGAUAAGCAAUUCCGAUCGCUGGUCGGGUUGGCAGGGAAUCUGCAUCGGUACUGCUCGAUCUCCAAAUUCAUCGUGGUAUGGACCUUCAUCUCUCUUUUACUUCAUUGGACGCAUGAACAACUAUUUGGGUGCAAUCCUACAACAAACCCAAAUGUCAAACCAAAUGGUUCUUCACAACGUUUCAACUGCGUUAUUGAAUGGCACAAAUGAUGCCAAUCAAGAAAAUGACCCAGCUCGGCAAGCCGCCCUGUCUGCGGAAACCUCAUUUACAGCUGCAGAGUUUCUGAGUCAAACCCAAGAAGAAUAUUUUUUGGAACUAUUUUGGAAAUCUUAUCAUACAUGCCUAUUUCCUAUUGUUAACGAGGCUGAGUUUAUGGCUCAUUAUCGGUCACUAUGGGUCGUUUCUGGAGAUAAAAGGAAGCCGUGUGGGCUUGUCGACAUCAUGAUCGCCCUAUGCAUGCAGUUCGGUGUUCCACAACUGUCUCCCGAGCAAAAGAAAGCUUUGAUCGAUGGUGAUCCCAGUGUUGCCGGUCGUGGAUAUUUUCGCCGUUGUCAUCAAAUCGUUACAUACCAGCUUGAAAGCCCCACAAUAGCCACGGUGCAGGCCCUUAUGCUGUGCUCUAUCUAUCUUUGUAAUGGCUCGUUUCAGAACAUGUCUGCUGCUAUGGCUGCCCUUGCUGCAAGAGCGGCUUAUGUUAUUGGACUACAUGUUGCUCCUUUGCCUACGUUACCCGCGCCGGAGCGUGAAUUAAAGAAGCGACUAUGGUGGGCUUUAUAUGAACUUGACGCUAAAAUUGGCAUGAAGCUUGGUCGACCGUUUCUUGUCCAUCGUUCUACUACUGAACCUCAGCUGCCUGGGGACCAGCCUGAAGUUGCAAUGGAUUCCGGGUCUCAUCUAGCCCCCAUAGGUGCAAACAAGACAUGGCUCAGCUUCCACCUUUAUCACUCAACGCUUUUCAUUACUGUACGCGAACUACACGAAGCAUUUUACGAGCGAGAUCUAAACUUGACGCCAGGACAAUUCAUAUGGGAUGACCCCCAAGCUUUAGCAUCGCAUGCUGAGUUUAUGCAGCUUCAAACAAGUAGUCUCGCUCAAUGGGCCGAUGAGGUCCCUGGUGUACUCAAGACAAAGCGGCAAGAUAAUGGCAUUCCUUUCUCUACAGACGGAACGAAACUAGAUAUUGAGCCAUUUGCACCAAUAUGGCUCCAGCGGCAGCGCCUCAACCUAGAAUUAAUAUACCACACGCUAUCGGCCAACAUCUAUCGACCUUUCAUCUCCUUCGGUGCAGGCUCUACUUCCGCCAUGGUGGACCAGUUGACCUCUAAAUGUGUUCUCCAUUCCAUGGCACUCACCAAUAUCAUAUACCAAACUUUAUCCUCAACUACUAUUCUCGAUUGUUGGCAUGAAGCAUUUCAAUGGCAAUGGAAUGCAUCCAUGGUCAUCGUAGGCUUUGUACUGGCCUACCCCCAUGCUGCAUUGAUACCGGAGGCUCUCAAAGCUAUUGAUCUAUGUGUUGCUGUUUGCGAAAUGUUUGGUGAUCGAUUUUCUGUUGCGAACAACGCAGCACUUAUUCUGCGCAGUCUCGGCCCAAAGAUUAAUUUCUUGCUGCAGUACCACUCAGAAAUGCAUGUGCCGAUACAAGAAUCUGAAUUUGUUGGGGGUUUUUCUGCAGAAGAUACAACGAAAUCCACGGCUGGUACGGAAUGGCUCGAUCGUCUCAUGGGCGGGUCUUCUGAGAUGGAUAACUCUUUUAUGAUGCCAAUGCAGGACGUGUUCCAGAUGGCUUAUUCUAUUGAGCAGUGGAGUGCGUUGGAUACAUUGCUACCAACCACGGAAGGGGACUUAUGGAAUCUGCAGACAUGA